CUUGCCAACAUUCUGGGUUGUUUUUUUAGACCGAAGCACUCGUACUUCUGAACUUCCUGGGUAGGAAGCACCACUUCAGCGGACCUAACAAGAUUUGGAGAGAGACCAUCCAUGUCUUCAGGUUGGCAGACCUCCCAUAGAUCAGAGCCAAUGCCGGAAAUCAUGGUGAAAAUCAUUGGAAGUAAACACUUUCGAUAUGUUGUGGAAAAGCCAAUGAUCAAGCAGAAUGAGGAGUUGAAGACAGAACCUCAAACCACACUCCAGAAGCCCAGAGCUGAUUAUGCAAGGCAGGUGAGCAGAGACCUGCUAAGACCCACCGACCCUUCUGACCAGCAAAUCACUGCUAACCCAGCUGAUAAGAAAGACAGUAAGCACUCAAGCAGCAGCCAGAAACCAGAGAGCAAUCAAAAGUUCUUAAAAGGAGAACUCAGUAACAGAUUCCUGGAUGGCAGGAUUUCCCAUGAGGCAAAUGUCUACUGCAGCUCUGUACCAACUGGAGACCAGUCUCUAUCCUAUAUACACUGUCACCCCAGUAGAAAGUCUAGAGAUUGGUCCUUGGAACAUAUAACAAAGGACAGCUCUGAACAACCUGAGGAAAUUAUCCAAAGACCAAGUAUAAUGACAAGUGAAGAUUCUUUUCUACUCACUUUGGUCAGAAGAGAACUCAAGUCAUGCCCAUUGAGCUCCAGCCUAUGGGACAAACUUCUGAAAGAGCUGAAGACUCUGGACCCCAUCUCUUCAGGGUUUCUCCUCCAGUCACAGUUAAGCCGCCUCUUCCUAAGACUUGAAGUCCCUCUUCAGUUCCCAACAGUCAAGCUCCUCUGCCAAAAAUUUUCCAGAAGGGAUUCUCCUGAAAUGGUGAAUUAUGGAGAGCUACUCUGCUUUUUAAAAGGAGCAAGUUCAGAUAAAUUGCUGAAAAAUGGAACUGCUGUACACAGUAACCCAAGGAACACUCCAAGUCAAAGCCACCAUAGACAAAGCACACCACCUCAAGGUACUGGCUUACUGUCCGAAGUGAACAAGAGCUUGCUGGAGAUUUUGAAGAUGGCAUUAAGAACAUGCCAAGGCAAAUUCAACAUAGACAACCUCAACCUGAGCCUUCAAAGAGAAGAUCACUCAUUCUCUGGCUGCCUCCCUUUGCCCAAGGUCAGGGCUAUAUGUGGCAAGCAUGGAUUGUAUCUAACCUUGACCCUGCUGGAAACAUUGCUUAACCACCAAGAUUUGGGUUACCAAGGUGAAAUAAAGUGGCGGAAUUUUGUUAAGUGGCUAAACAGGGCUUCUUCUGAGUUGUUGUGUGAUGUGCCUGUAGGAAAGAAUGGAAAGGAAACCCCAGGGGACUUGGUUGAAGUCCCUGAGAGACCCCAAAGCAAAACUGAACAUGUGAAAACUCCAGAAGAGAAUCCAUGGCCAGAAAGCCCUACCACUAUGACUUCAGCCCCACAAGAUCCAGUGAACUCCUUUAAGAACAGGCCAUCCUCUCAGCCUGUUUUGAGUCCAGCCAUGAUGAAGGAUGCUGAACAACCUGAGCUCUGGAUAGACAGGUUCAGGAAGCUGGAAAAUGCCCUCUACUUAUGUGACCUGAGCAACACCGGAGUUUUGGAGAAGGAGAGAGCCAGACGCCUCAUACACAACUACAAUCUCAUUUACAACUUGUCCCUGAGUCCUCGGAGAAUUGACCAGGCUUUGCGGAGGUUCCGUUCUGGAGAAGAUGUCAUCUUGGAGCCAGCACUGCGGUAUUUAAAGGAGCUGUGAGAACAAGCAUGCACUGUGAGAGCAAUGUUUCUUUCAUUUCCCCUUUACCUGCACUUGUGCUUCUCCUCAGUCUGAGUGCUGGGGUAGAGGCUUUGUUUGAGCUGAGACAAAUGUAGCUGUUCUAGCAACUUUUGACUUAGCCUUGGCUAUGAUGAGGAGCCGUUCUCAAUGAUCAAAGAAAUCUGACUUUCUCUUCUGAUGUAACAAGAGUCCAAUCACUUAAAGUGCUUUUCUGUUCUUACAGUGCUUAUUAUCAAUGUGUUUAAUAUUUUUCUACAUUGCCAAAAAAACGGCUUUGUAAGCAACGUGAGUUCAUGCAUCAAAAAGCAUGCAGAAUGGUAUUGACUCACCAGAAUGUCUGAUGCAGAGGAGACCUCAAUAGAUUUUUUUUUGGGGGGGGGGUUGGUUUUGAGACAGGGUCUAAAUACAUAGUUCAGAUUGACUUUCAACUUGUAAUCUUACUGUCUCAGAUUCUUGAGGGCUCCAAUAUAUAAUUCCCCAUGUAGGUAAUUAGAUCCAUAUGCUAAUCACUAUUCUAGGAAGGAUUUACUAUAAGAAAAAUAAAAGUAUUGAUACUGAA